UGCUCGCACAGAAAUAUAAUUUUAAUUUAAUUUCGAGCACUAAAUAAAUAAAUAAAUGAAAGAGUGGAAAUGAAGGGAAAAUCUUACCUAUAUAUUCUCCCUUAUAUACUCCUCUCACUAUCCUUAGUGUAUCUCCUGGCCGUUUCUGCUUCAUCUUCUCGAAUCGUCUUCUCUUCUUCUUCUCAAAGUUUAGUGAAAGAUGGCCGAUGGUGAGGACAUUCAGCCCCUUGUUUGUGACAAUGGAACUGGAAUGGUGAAGGCUGGAUUUGCUGGUGAUGAUGCUCCAAGGGCUGUGUUCCCGAGUAUUGUUGGUCGUCCUAGACACACUGGUGUCAUGGUUGGGAUGGGUCAGAAAGACGCUUACGUUGGUGACGAAGCUCAGUCCAAAAGAGGUAUUCUUACCCUCAAGUAUCCGAUCGAGCACGGUAUUGUAAGCAACUGGGAUGACAUGGAGAAGAUCUGGCAUCACACUUUCUACAACGAGCUUCGUGUUGCACCUGAAGAGCACCCGGUUCUUCUCACUGAGGCGCCGCUUAACCCUAAGGCUAACAGGGAGAAGAUGACUCAGAUCAUGUUCGAGACUUUCAAUGUCCCUGCCAUGUAUGUUGCUAUUCAGGCUGUUCUUUCUCUUUACGCUAGUGGGCGUACUACUGGUAUUGUGCUUGACUCUGGUGAUGGUGUGUCUCACACCGUGCCGAUCUACGAGGGUUAUGCUCUUCCUCACGCUAUCCUCCGUCUCGAUCUCGCGGGUAGGGACCUCACUGAUUCUCUGAUGAAGAUUCUCACCGAGAGAGGGUACAUGUUCACCACCACCGCCGAGCGGGAAAUUGUCCGUGACAUUAAAGAGAAGCUUGCUUACGUCGCUCUCGACUACGAGCAGGAGCUGGAGACGGCUAAGAGCAGCUCUUCGGUGGAGAAGAACUACGAGUUACCUGAUGGACAAGUCAUCACCAUCGGAGCUGAAAGAUUCCGUUGCCCUGAAGUACUCUUCCAGCCGUCGCUCGUGGGGAUGGAAGCUCCUGGAAUCCAUGAGACAACUUACAACUCCAUCAUGAAGUGUGACGUGGAUAUCAGGAAGGAUCUGUAUGGAAACAUCGUCCUCAGUGGUGGUUCGACCAUGUUCCCUGGAAUCGCUGACCGUAUGAGCAAAGAGAUCACGGCGCUCGCACCGAGCAGCAUGAAGAUCAAGGUGGUCGCACCGCCUGAGAGGAAGUACAGUGUCUGGAUUGGAGGGUCUAUCCUUGCUUCCCUCAGCACUUUCCAACAGAUGUGGAUCUCGAAGGGAGAGUACGACGAGUCGGGUCCAUCGAUCGUCCACAGGAAAUGCUUCUAAGUGUUUCUGCCUUCUGGUUCGUGGUGGUGAGUGUGGUACGAUCUAUAUCCCCUUUGUUGAGAUGGGGAUUGAAACUAUAUGUUGUUACUGUGGUUGUUUCUUUUUUUAUUUUUGGUCUCUUUAGAACCUUUUGGAUGUCUCUCGAGUCUUUCUAUGUACUUUAGUUUUACCUUUGUUUCUUAUUUUCUCUUUUAAGGAUGCUUGUGAUGCUGCUCUGGUCCUUAUUAAGCAAAAAAAAAAAUGUCGUAUUAUA